UUUUUUUAAAUUUUUUGUAGACUUUUGUUGCACAAUUCACGACACAAUUUUUAGGUCAACUUUAACUAUCCUUUCGGCGGGUGCGAAUGUAUUAAGCGGUGCAAGAAGUACCUGCAUGUUUCGAUUGGACUUAUUAAUUGAAUUUUGUGCAGAAUCACAGCAAUAGUAUUUUAGUUUAUACGGCAUUUCCCUGUUACGAAUAAGCAAACGAUCUCAGUGAUACGAUUCCAUCAGUUGCCCACCAUGGAGAAAAAUUUGUGGAUGAAAGUGCUCUCUGUGCAACCGAUAUUUUGCCUAGUGAUUGCCUUGGCCUCCUUCGCUGCCGCAGACGAGCCAGUAGCCCGCGUCCGUCGAUCGUAUUACAAUAACUACAACUACAAAAACUACACAAAAACCAGCUCCAAGACCUGCCCGACAUGCGCCGCCUGUGCUCCGCCCUGUCCGGCCUCCACUCCGGCGCCCCCUCCCUCAACGUGCACGGAUAAUCCCUGCUAUUUCAAUUCAUUGCCCUAUGCUUGUUCGGCAGAGCAGUGCGCCGACUUCAUCAAAAGCGCGGGCGACAAGGCUGACCUUGGCAGAGCUGUUAUUGUAAACCUUCCCGAAGAGGUCUGUAUUACGACGUGCCAGCUGCAACAAUACGGCACCGCGACUACGGACAGCGCGUUCCUGCUUUACCGUUACGGGGCAUGUACCAAAACCGGUGACCUUUCUCCUGUGGUUAGAGAUAACCUCAAUACCGGCACAGCCCCUUCGGAUAACGUGGUGUCAUCGUUGAACUGCGGGACUGAAACGUGUUUGGCCGCCUAUGUCGAUACUAUCUAUGUUAAAUCUAACUGUGCGACACAAACAUAUACAGCCGAUACCACGCUCCAGUGCACACUGCAGCUUAAAAAGGGCACCGAUUUACUAGCCACGUCAGAUCUUACGGUGAAAGUCCAAUAUGUUAACCCCGCUGACUGCGGAAUACCCACGGCGUAAAUGCUGUUAACCAGCCAACUAAGUCCACCAAAAGUAAUCAGUCCAGUCGUUUUCCAACAAAAUCUCCCUCAUUUCUGCAUGCCUUAUGUUACUUUUAUUUUUUAUUUUUGUACAAAUAACGAGUUUUUAAGUAGUAUGUGAAAUCGAUUAUUUUUCCAGGUUGCAAAAUUAACUGGUCUAACGGUAAACUAAAUGGCAAACUAGCUCAAAUGCAAUAAACUGAAUGGCAGUCG